AUGGCUCCAAACCAGGCAACAGGUAUGCAUGAUAAUUGUACGACCCUGAUUUCGGCAUCGCGUCUAUGCAUCCUCGUGACGGGUGCUGCCGGGUUUAUUGGAUUUCAUACCGCAAAAGCUUUGCUCGCGCGUGGCGACGAUGUAGUCAUAAUCGACGAGAUGAACGACUACUAUGACGUUAGACUCAAACAAAGCAACAUCGACUGGCUCGUGAAGACGUACCGCGAUCGAGUAACGGUUAUCAUUGCCGACCUCUGUGACGAGAAGCUGGUACGCCGUGUGAUAAAAGAAACCAGGCCUGACGCUAUGGUGCAUUUGGCGGCUCGCGCUGGCGUGCGUCCUAGCAUUGAUAACCCACUCAUGUACAUUCAUGCCAAUGUCGUGGCAACAACGUUGCUGCUAGACGUGUGCCGCGAAUUUGGCAUCAAAAAGUUUGUAUACGCUAGUAGUAGUUCGGUGUACGGCGGUAGUAUGAAGGAAAAAUUCAGCGAGACUGACAUUGUGGACUUUCCCGUAAGUCCGUAUGCCGCGACCAAGAAGAGUUGCGAAUUGCUAGCGCACACAUAUCACCACCUGUACGGCAUGGACACUAUUGGGUUGCGCUUCUUCACAGUGUACGGGCCACGAGGUCGUCCGGAUAUGGCUCCGUUCAAGUUCAUGGAUCGUAUAGCUCGUGAUGUUGCAAUCGACCAAUAUGGAGACGGUUUUUCGUCGCGUGACUACACAUUCAUCGAUGACAUUGUGCAGGGCGUUUUGCUGAGUCUGGACCGUGGUCGUGGAUGUGAGGUGUUUAAUCUGGGUCGUGGCACACCGGCGCUGCUCACUGACUUUAUUGCUACCAUUGAGAGAUUAGUGGGUAAAAAGGCUAAGAUUAACAUUCUGCCUGACCAGCCUGGUGACGUGCCUCGAACGAGCGCAGAUAUAUCCAAGGCAAAACUUUUACUUGGGUAUGAGCCAUCAAUUUCUCUAGAACAAGGUCUUUCAAAGACUUGGGAUUGGUACUCAAAUCACUUUAUUUCUGAAUCCGCGAUCCUUCGUGAUGAUUAA